AUGUCCUUAAGCAAACUCCACGGUGGCUCAUCCUCUUCCGCCACUGCUUGCGCUGCCUGCAAAUUCCAAAGAAAAAAAUGCACGAAAAACUGUCUCCUUGCUCCUUAUUUCCCACAAGAUCGCUAUAAGCAGUUUCUAAACGCUCAUAGACUGUUUGGAAUAAGCAACAUCACAAAGAUGCUCAAAGGAAUCCAAGAAUCUGAACGCGACAUCGCUAUGCAAAACCUUAUUCUCCACGCUAAUGCUCGUGCCCUAGAUCCAGUUGGUGGGGUUUACAAGAUCAUGUCUGAUCUUAGGCGCAGGAUCUCGUAUUAUGAGACUGAGCUUAACUCAAUUCGUCAGGAAGUCGCUUUGUAUCGUUCUCUAGCUCACCCACAGCAAAUGCCAAUGCAAAGUCAAAGUCAAGAGCUUUCCUUUGGCUGCUAUUCUUAUGGAGAUCUAUUGGAACAAGGAGAAGAAUACGUUAAUGCAGAUGGUUAUGAAACCAGCAAGGUAAAGCUUGAGAAGGAAGUAAUCUCUAAUCCGGAUCAAUUCUUGAGCCAGAUACUCAUGCCGUCUCAGGUCAUUUAAGUCCCUUUUAGGUGUUUCUGAUGUGUUUUUUUAGU